AUGGCUACUACUCUAGUAAUGUGGUUUUGUACAUGUUAUGUGGUGAUUUCUCUCAUUUUCUGUCUUCAUGGAGUUGAUGGAAGUUUGGAGUCAAACAUCACUCAUCCAAAGACUAUCAAGACUGAAUAUGGAGACAUCUACGAUUGCGUGGACCUAUACAAGCAACCCGCCUUUCAACAUCCUUUACUCAAGAAUCAUAAAAUCAAGGCUUUUCCUGAGCAAAUUGAAGUUUCCAACAAUUUAAGUUAUGGAUUGAAGGAGGGAUGUCCACUAGGAACAGUUCCCAUAAGGAGAAUAACAAAGGAGGAACAAUUACUAGCUGAAGACAUGUUCACACAGCAAUUUCAACCAUCUGCUACAACCUUUCAAAACAACAAGCAACAAAGUAGGUUUUCAGGAAUCGUAGCAAGACCCGUAUACCGCAAGUAUGGUCUAGCUUCGGCAUAUAUGAGCACACAUAACCCAUCAGUUGGGAAUGGACAACUAAGUGGUUCUGUCAUAUCUCUUGAAUGUGAUGUUGGUGGUUUUGAUACCAUACGAGCUGGAUGGAUGGCAAGCGAUAUAUAUAAGGGAACACAAAAAGGUUGCUUCAAUACUUACUGUCCUGGCUUUGUUCAAAUAAAUCCGAAGUUACCACUUGAUUUUAUCAUUAGCCAACUCUCAGUCACUGGAGGGGCAUAUUCUUACAUCAAGCUCGAUAUUGAAUUGCACCUAGACGGUUGGUAUUUAAUUCAUACCGAAAACAAUGUAUUAAUUGGGUAUUGGCCUCUUGCAUUAUUCAAUUGCUUAAAUACUGGUGCUAAGGUCUUAAGUUGGGGAGGGUGGGUGUCUAGUGUGACACAAAAUUUGCCAAUGAUGGGAGAUGGUCUUCAUGGGAAUAUUGGCAGUGUAUUCAGGCAAGUUGUAUCUGAUGUCAAACCAGAUUUGCUUAUUACACAAAGUAAUUGCUAUAAGGCAGGAGUUAACCCCGCCAAAGGUAGUUAUUGGGGUCAGAGCUUUUGGUAUGGGGGUAAUGGUGGAGAUUUAAGGAAAUGCCCACUUUAG